AUGGAAAGAGGUGAUACAGAGAACUUUGAAACAAUACUUAAAGAAGGUUGGAUCGAAAAGAGAAGCAGAUUCAUCAAAGAAUGGAGAAGAAGAUGGCUCGUUCUGACACCAAAAUACCUUUUUUCCUUCAAACAACAGCAGGGAUAUAGAGAUAAUCCAACUGAGCGCAUAAGAUUGCAGGACUGCUCAACUGUGAAAUCGGCAGAAGAAGAAACGAAGAAAGACUUUUCUUUCAGAAUUGAUACUCGAGAUAGAGUAUUUUAUUUUAGUGCUCUAGACCCUAAUGAUAAAGAAGCGUGGAUUGGAUCUAUUGGGAGAGCAAUGGUGAGACCUACUGUAAUGCGCUCUAAAAGUGAAGAGGAUGCGUUAAACGGAUAA